AUGUCCACUGCUGAACUUGCUCAAGCUGCUCAACAGGCCCAUACCCUCACUCCCGGGUUCUUGGAGGAUGUUAGGGUGGCCACCUCCACACUUUUGAACUUUUACAACCGUCACAGGGAAGGUCUUCUGGCCCACCAACGGACGGUGGAAGAGGAUGCAUACGGGAAAGCUGAACGAUUUGUAUGUUUGCUCAUCGACAAGAUUAUGUGGUAUAACGUGGCCCAGUGGCUCAACCACCCUUGGAUUUUGGCGUACAUGGAAAUGGCCCGAGCAGGACCAUCAGUUGAUUGGACCAAAAUGUUCUCGAUCCCACAACCCACCACCCCUACCUUCUUUAUGGAAGGUUAUGCUGGUCCCUCUCCCCCUUUACCUCCAUCUUCGACCGAUUCAUUGCUCCCAGUCACAGUCCCAACUCCCCCAUUGCCGGUACCAACAGCUUCAUCAUCGCUCCCGGCCCCAACAAAACCAACGCGUCAGGCAAAAUCAACCGAUCCUGUGCCAGCGGCUGAAACGAAGUCCAAGAGUAAGACAAAGUCUGGGCAAAGGAAACCUGAGGCCGGGUCCAGCACUGAUAUGCGUUGCACAGGGAUGACCGUGAAAGUGCGAAACACGCGAACAAGGAUCAAGCGCAUCGGGAAAACCCUUAACACCUAA